CCAGUGAAUCAUAAUCUGUUCAUUCUUAACUACAGUCAACAUAACAUUAUUGGCUUUGGUUUCCUGUAGUAGAUCUAGUAUUUUAAUGGACUUAAUUAUAAAAUAUCAAUGGGGUUAUUAGCCUAGGGCAGUCAGGGGAAGUUCCAACUGGUAAGCAAAACCACUUACUUACAAUGAACAUUUUUAUUUAACAGUUGCCCAACCUGAACUAAGAUCAAGUGAUCAACCAGCAAGUAAACACUGGUGUUGCUGCAUUCUUUGGUCCAAAUUUGGCUCUCAAGUUACCUGUCAGGUUUUUUAAGUUCCUGUAAAUUGUGUGACUAAUUGGAUUCUUCAUCUGACACACUUCAUUUCUGCAACUAGCUGAGUGAACAAGGUAAUAUUUUUGUACACCAAAUUUUCAAACUUUCUUAUACUAUAUAAUGUAAUUCUUUUAAAAUAUACUGUUUUACCUAAAAGCAGAAAUCAAACACAUAAUAGUAGAAUGCAUAGAGGUUUAAGUAAAUGUUUGUGAUAUAUGUGGAUGUUCAUAUGUAUUUUUGUUUUACACAAGUAUUUCUUUAAAUACUGAUUUGUUUUAGUUUUAAAUGAUGUAAUUUUAAAUAAUGAACAUUAACUGUGUUGAAAUUUGUGUUAGUGUUUUAUGGAUUAUUUAAUUUUUAAUGUGAAUCAUCAUCUAUAAAUUAAGAUAACAUCAUUUGCUUUGGUUUGUUGCAGUAGAUCUAGUUAUCCUAAAUGGGCUUAAUGUAAAAGAUCAGUCAGGCCAUUAGCUUAAUAUAGAGUUUAGGAGAGACAGGGACAUUUCUAAUAGGGUAUACAAAAUCACUUACAAUGGAAAUGUUUACUUAACAGUUGUCUGAACUAAGUCAAGUGAGAUCAACUAAGAACUGAGAUCAAGUGAUCAAGGACCAUUAAAAACAAACACUAGUGUCCCUCUGCAUUCUUUGAGCCAAUCUUGUGCUCUUAAGUUACCUGUCUGGUCUUUAAGAAGUUUCAUCAUUAAUAAUGACAUCACAAGAAAAAUCAAGCCUCCAUUUUGUCUCCUGGAAUACAAAUGGUAUUAAAAAUACCAGUAAGUCACCAAAAAAGUUCUCAAAAUUGUUGAACAACCUUAGUAACCUUCAGGCUGAUAUUGCCUUUAUACAAGAGACACAUGUUGGACCAAAGUGUUACAAAAUAUUGGAAGAUGUUCAAAACUGGAACGUCUACUUCACUGUACACAGCUCUCGCAGCAAAGGAGUUGCAAUACUGAUAAGAUAUGAAGUACCGUUUGAGUACAUAUGCCAUGAUGAGGACUGCAGUGGAAGUUACAUUGUGCUUUUCUGUCGUCUGUAUGAUGAACUGUACACUCUUGUUAAUGUGUACAAUCAUAAGGCAGACAGAAAUGUCUUAGCUAGAUUGAAAGACUAUCUGAGGGAAACAGCUGAGGGUGUGCUAGUGGUUGGAGGUGAUUUCAACAUGGUUUUGGAUCCCAGCUUUGAUCGGUUAUCUUCAACUCUUCUCACACAGAAGUCUUCACAAAGAGCUAUUUUAGAAGACUUUACUACUUCUUUGAAUCUCAGAGACACCUGGUCAUACCUACACUUUGCUGAUGGGGGCUUUACACGACGUCAGAAUGAGAGUCACUCCAGGCUGGACAUGUUUUUCAUGUGCAAAGAUGCAAUGGGUCGGGUGUGUAGUAGCAAAAUACAGAGCAAUGAAAUUUCAGAUCAUAAACCUCUUGUUCUCGAACUCAGAGUGCAGCAACAGACUGGAAAUAAAAUUCCAAAGGUGGCCUUGCAAUUGGAGGAAACUAGAGGUGAUGGAGAACCUGACAGGAGACCAGGGAAGAUUAGUGGGGCAGAAAUACUGAGUGCCAUCAAGUCUUUGACUGACUCCGAACAAAGACCUGAUACGCUGGAUGUAGAUUAUUACAAAAUUUAUUGUUGUCAGUUGACUGAGACCUUAAAGAGAAAGUAUAACCUCAUGAUAAAGAAUAAGCAGGUACCUGAAGCUUAUAAUUCAGGAAGCAUUUUCAAUGUAGACUAUUUGAUAUUUUCAGAAAUUUUGGCCAAGCGCCUUAGUGUGCUCAUUGCUCCUUCUCUGAAGAGAGAGAAGAAAGCAAAGUUUGAUAUUCUUCUCGCCAUGACCCUCGAGACAGAUACGCAGGAAAUCAGAUGGUCCUUCUUGGAACAAACCCUCAGAAGACUACAACAGAUACCGUUUGCCCCACCAUGGGACUUCAGCAUUCUGGGCUGUCUUCUUCCAAAAGUCCAAAACUUUUCCGGGGAACGCAGACGUUUGCAGCCUGGCUGUCCCCUCACCAACACUAUCCUCAAUCUGGCUCUGACACAGCUAGAAGAUCUGAUUCUCAGAAGUGAGACAGAGUGCAGGACCAGUGUUUCCUUUCACAGACAGGCCCUGCUCAUACAUGCAGACGAGAGCAAAUGGGGGAAAGUUGUUAGGGUACUAGAGAAAUUCCAGGAUGAUUCAGGAAUUAGGCUUACAGAAUGUCACAUAA